GAAAGAAAUUCGUUCAGUUUGGAUAAGCGUAAUUUGAGAAGUGAAAUACGAAACUAAGCAGUCAGCAGUUUCCGCUUCAAGCCGGUUUUCUACUUUCUGUUUUCAUUUAGCGGCUCUUGUUGAUGUGAAACUAUUGUCGUCAAUCAGCGAUAUUUUUGUUCCUAUUUAUACAGCAGCAGUGUCCUGUCUUUUGUUUGUAAUUAUUUUGGUUUUUGUAUAGGAAGUUAUUUCUACUACGUUCUAAAUUUUAAGAGAUCCGUUCUCAAGUAUCAGAGUAUUUUUGAAUUGAACUUUGAUCAGUGCGAGAUAAUAUUUGUUUUGAAAAAAAGGGAAAUUUUCCAGUCACUAUCAUAAGGUCUUGACUCAUAGCAAACAUGAAAGUUUUUGUUCUCUUUGCUGUGGUAUUAUUUUGUGGGGCUUCUUCAGCAGCUCCUGCUGAUAGGAAAGAAGCCUGGGGCUAUGUUGAUGUCAGGAAGGAUGCUCACAUGUUUUGGUGGCUCUAUUAUACUGACCAGACUACUAACUAUGCAAGUUAUCCUCUUGUGAUAUGGCUGCAGGGUGGUCCAGGAGCAUCAUCUACUGGCUAUGGUAACUUUUUAGAGAUAGGACCCUUAGAUGAGCACUUGAGACCAAGGAAUUCUACUUGGCUCAGCAAAGCAAACUUGUUGUUUAUUGACAAUCCUGUUGGUACUGGCUUCAGUUAUGUAACCAAUAAGUCUGCACUGGCUACAACUAACAAGCAAAUAGCUGAUGAUCUUGUCACUUGUUUAACUUCAAUAUUAGAUACUGUUCCAGAAUUCCAAAAAUCUCCAUUGUAUAUAUUUAGUGAAUCCUAUGGAGGAAAAAUGACUGUGGAUUUCGCUCUUGCUCUGUCCAAGGCAAUUAAGAGUAAAACCAUCAAUGUCAACUUUAAGGGAAUUGCACUUGGUGAUUCUUGGAUAUCACCCAUCGAUUCAGUUUAUACCUGGGGUCCAUAUUUGUAUGCUACAUCUCUUUUGGAUAAAGUUGGACUUCAGUCAAUUAAAGCACAUGCAUAUGAAGUUAAACAGGCUUUAGCCGCUGGUCAGUUCAAAAAAGCAACUGAUGGAUUUUCUCAGAUCCAAGAAUUGAUUGGCAAUUUUACAAAUGGAGUCGACUUCUAUAAUAUUUUAAAGAAUGAAGGUCCAUCACCUAAUAAAUCUGUCAACACUCUGCCUAAAAAUCACAGACUGUAUAAGUUGUUCAGGAGACAGGUAGACCGACUAUACGGGGAUGUCUUGUCUGACUUGAUGAAUGGGAAGAUAAGGCAAAAAUUGAAUGACAUACCAAAAAAUGUCACUUGGGGUGGUCAGUCAUCUGAUGUUUUUGAAGCACUUUCAGAAGAUUUUAUGAAACCUGUAGUGUCCUCUGUCAGUGAACUUCUUUCAAAUGAAACUUAUAUUGAUGUUAAUGUUUAUACUGGCCAGUUGGAUCUUAUUGUUGAUACUCUAGGCACACUAGCAUGGAUUGAAAAGUUGAAUUGGCCUGGCAAUAAAGGUUUUAUGACUGCUCCGAAGAAACCUUUGACAUUUCCCAAUGAUCGCACAGGAGGAUUUGUAAAGACAUUCAAGCAAUUUAGCUUCUUUUGGAUUUUAAAAGCUGGUCAUAUGGUUCCUUCAGAUGCUCCAGAGUCUGCUCUCAAAAUGCUUGACAUGAUACUUAAAAAGAAUAAGUGAAACCCUUCUGUACAAAAAUAAAGCCUACUAGAGAUUAGUGUAAUGUCUCUCUAAAAACAUUAUUGAACUCAUAUUUAAUAUUGGAUAUAUGUUCCUGCUCUGUGAGAAUUUUGCACUGGGGAUCAGUAUUCCUCACUCUUCAUCCACUACUUACACACAUGACCAUAUUUAGAGUAAUUGUCUGAUUUUAUAAAUGAUUGUUAUGUUUAUUUGUUGUUUCAGUGUAUAUGUUGAAAUAAAAAUAUUUUCUCGAAA